AUGGCUGCAGUACCGACGCGCAACGACCGUCGAGUCAUCCUCCACCUGGAUUACGACUGUUUUUAUGCCUCGGUCUUUGAGGUAGAACAACCAGCGCUCAAGUCGUUGCCCCUGGCAGUCCAACAGAAGCAAAUUGUGGUGACGUGCAACUACGAAGCGCGACGGCGUGGCCUGCACAAACUCCAGCUCAUCAAGGAUGCUAAACGCAUAUGUCCAGAUGUGGUAAUAGUCCUAGGUGAGGACUUGACCAAGUUUCGCGAUGCUUCCAAAGAUCUUUAUUCUUUCGUGCGCGACUUCAUCUGGGGUGGGCGUGUGGAGAGGCUGGGCUUUGACGAGCUGUCGUUGGAUGUCACGGAGAUGAUUGAUUACAAUGUUCAAUUGUUAAACUCGAAUGACUUGACGACUUCGUUUUUCCAUUUGGAUCAGAAGGACCCGACCGUUGGAUUCACCUACGAUGCAACUCGCUAUCUUGGGGCUACCUAUCCGCCCACGCAAGAUGGAUCGGCGAAACCGCCAGAUAUAUCGUCGCUGGACAUGAGGCUGCUUCUGGGUUCCCAUCUCAUUGGGUAUCUACGACGCCGCAUGGAGCAUGAGAAAGGCUUCACUGCUACGGGGGGCGUGUCAACGUCGAAGUUGCUGGCCAAGUUGGUUGGCAGCGUACACAAACCCAACAACCAGACUACACUACUCCCUCCCUACGAGCCAUCCGGCGAUCCCAGUUCCCAAGAUACCAAUGUCACCCAGUUUAUCGAUUCCCAUGAGAUUCGAAAGAUCCCGGGAAUCGGAUCACGGCUCGCCCAGAAGCUAAGGCUCAAGGUGACGGGCCAAAGUACUGGGGAGGAAAAGCUGACCGUUCGAGAUGUCCGUCUGUUUCCUGGAAUGGGUCCGCCAACUUUGGAAAAGACCCUUGGCGGACCUGGUGCACCCAAAGGAAUCGGGAUGAAAGUCUGGAGCAUCUUGCAUGGGGUCGAUAACACUGACGUGCUCGAAGCACGCGACCUACCCACUCAGAUCAGCAUCGAGGAUACGUACGGGCGCGGUCGCCUCGAUAGUCUCGAAAAUGUUCGACGCGAGUUGGAAGUACUGGCGAGAAGUUUGAUCCGGCGAAUGCGCACGGAUCUGCUAGAUAGGACUGACAGCCCUGCGCCUCAGCCCCGGUGGCUGGCCCACCCACGCACCUUCCGCUUGUCAACUCGCCCACGGAACCCACCAGAGACAGAUGGGGCGCGGUCAUACAAUUGGAAUCGCAUUUCCCGGUCGGCGCCACUGCCAAGCUUCGUCUUCCACGUAGACGAGAACAUCGAUGCGAUCGCCGAGCGACUCGUCCAGGACCAUGCGAUGGCGAUGUUCCGAAAACUGCACCCCGAAAAGUCCGGGUGGGACCUGCAACUGAUGAAUAUUGCGGUCACGCAUCUGGUGGAGAGUGCUGGGGAUCAGAAGCAAAGCAGUGGGCGAGACAUUGGGAAGAUGUUCCGUCAGCAAGAGGCUGUGCUGCGGGAGUGGACGGUACGUGAGCCAGACUCGGAGGGAGGAGAGCAGGAUGACAAGGAUGGCGAUACCAAUAAAAGCCGAGGCCAAGACCCUUUGCGCUCGGGAAGAAUGCAGCAGCCUGGCGUUUGUGCUGUGGUUUCAGAUCGGGAGGACGGGGAGUGGCAGGACGACGACGAGUCGGAUGGGCUGUGGCGAGUGAGUCCAGCGAGUGUCGAAUGUUCGCUGUGUGGAGCCGCCAUCCCGCAUUUUGCCCUGUUGGCACAUCAAACGUUCCAUGCGGCGGAGAACGAGAACGAGACUGAGGCUGUGUGA